CCAAAGCCAACCAAUGAGCAGCGACUCAGGCAGGAAGGACAGAAGAGGGUAGGCUUUGCCUUUUCCAUCACUCUCCUCGCUUUCUCCUGUCCCAGCUGAUCACUUGGGAUUGGGGUUCAGAAUUCAGAACUCGGGUGAGGCCUGAGGCGAGCAAGAUGGGGUUCUCCUUCUUCACCUCUCGAGCCGCUGCUCGGUUCUUGGACGGGAUCGGGCGCCCCGGCGUCUCCACCGCAGCACUGCUCCUUACAGCAGCCAGUGGCGGAGGCCUUGUGGCGUAUGCUGAUUCCGCUGCAGAAAGUGCUCUGGAGCCAUCCCAGGAUGUCCCCAAGAAGAAGGUGCUGGUUCUCGGGACUGGCUGGGCUGGGACGUCGUUUCUCAAGAAUCUCGACUGCUCCCGGUAUGAAGUGAAGGUCAUAUCGCCCCGUAACUACUUCGCGUUUACACCUCUGCUUCCAAGUGUCACAUGUGGGACUGUCGAGCCACGCAGCAUUAUUGAACCCAUAAGGCGGAUGUUUGAGAAGAAAAGUAAGGAUGUUACAUUUUGUGAAGCUGAGUGUUUCAAGAUUGAUGCAAGUAAAAAAACUGUACACUGCCGUUCAGCUGUUGGAACUAAUCUUGAUGGGAAUGGCGAUUUUAUGCUUGAUUAUGAUUACUUAGUUGUUGCUCUUGGAGCUAAUGUAAAUACAUUUAACACUCCUGGAGUAUUGGAGCACUGCCACUUCUUGAAGGAAGUAGAGGAUGCUCAGAAGAUACGGAGGAGUGUGAUAGACUGCUUUGAAAAAGCGUCGCUUCCAAAUAUUAGUGAAGAGGAGAAAAGAAAAGCUCUACAUUUUGUAGUUAUCGGUGGUGGGCCUACUGGGGUUGAAUUUGCAGCGGAGUUGCAUGAUUUUCUUGUUGAAGAUCUGGUGAAGCUAUACCCUGCCAUUCAAGAAUUGGUGAAGAUAACAAUUAUUCAAUCGGGAGAACAUAUAUUGAAUAUGUUUGACGAAAGAAUUGCUGCAUUUGCUGAAGAAAAGUUCCAGAGGGAUGGCAUCGAAGUGGCUACAGGCUUCAGAGUGGUAAGGGUCUCUGAUGAUUUGAUUUCAAUGAAGAGCAAAUCAGUUGGUGAGGAUGUAUCAGUGCCAUAUGGGAUGGCUGUUUGGUCUGCUGGUAUUGGUACUCGUCCUGUCAUCAUGGAUUUCAUGCAACAAAUCGGGCAGACUAAUCGGCGUGCCUUGGCUACUAAUGAAUGGUUAAGAGUUCGUGAGUGUGAAGGUGUCUAUGCAAUUGGUGACUGUGCAACAGUUAGUCAAAGAAAAAUAAUGGAUGAUAUUUCAAUGGUAUUCAAAAUGGCAGAUAAGGACAAUUCUGGCACUUUAACACUAAAAGAAAUCAAUGACGUUUUGGAAGAUAUUUGUAUAAGAUAUCCACAAGUAGAGCUCUAUAUGAAAAGUAUGCACAUGCUCGAUAUUGCGGAUUUGAUAAAAGGUGCAAUAGGUGAUUCUCACAAGGAAUCGAUGGUGGUUGAUAUAGAGGAGUUCAAAAAAGCUCUGAGCCAUGUCGAUUCCCAAGUGAAAAGUGCUCCAGCAACAGCUCAGGUCGCUGCACAACAAGGAUCCUAUCUUGCUGAAUGUUUUAACAAAAUGGAAAAAUGCAAAGAGCAUCCGGAAGGCCCAUUACGCAUGACAGGGGAGUCGGGACGUCACUUUUUCCGUCCAUUCAGGUACAAGCAUUUGGGUCAAUUCGCACCCUUGGGUGGAGAACAAGCUGCUGCAGAGCUCCCAGGCGAUUGGGUUUCCAUGGGCCACAGCACUCAGUGGCUCUGGUACUCUGUGUAUGCCAGCAAGCAAGUGAGCUGGCGCACAAGGAUGCUGGUGGUUUCCGACUGGACUCGCAGGUUCAUAUUUGGGAGGGAUUCAAGCCGAAUUUAGCGCCGCACGAACCGAGUGCACCGGCCUCCUUCUGUACAGGGAAUUCUGCUGAAUAAUGAUUGAUGAUCUGCUGGAGCUUGAGCAAGCAAAGCUGUUUCUUGCCCCUCUCUAGGUCCUUCCUGCCAACCAAACUGCUGCUCUUAUCUGUAUGAUGCACGGUGUUCCUUUGCUCCUGCCAUCUGGCUCUCAGCAUGUGAAGCAGAUCUGGAACAAUGAGGUCGCUUUUUAGCCGUCACUGUAGCCACGUUUGGAACAUGGAAUCUGAUUACUGAUGCAGGAAAUUGAGCUGUUCCAUAUGAAAUUGUCGCGAGACAGUUUGUAGAGAAUUUUUUUUUCUGAAAGAAUUAGUUUGUGGAGAAAUUUACUUA